CUAUAGAUUUGUUUUAUUUACUUGUGGCCCACGGAAGCUCUGCUGCUGCUAUAGGAUGGGCUUUUUGGAUAUUAUUUACCGUAAUUCUUUUUAUAGUAACAAUAGUGACUUUUGUAUUUGCGAUUCUAGCAUUUAAAAAUUUUGGCAAAGGGUUGCCAACAUAUGUUAAUCAUUUAUCUCUACAAGAAUAUGAAUCGUCUCUAUUUUUACAGAAAGCGAAAGUCAUUGAUGCUGAAAAUCAUCGUGAUUUGCGUACAUGGCGUUCCGAAGAAUGA